CACUUUCAGGAAAUGUGUAAGAAAAAAGCUGUGAAACUGUUCCCUCGAUGUUGGCAGGAUGUUCGCAGGAGUUCAUGAAGCAGGAGAGCCCGCCACAUGAGGUCUAUCAUCAUGCAGGCAACCAGAGAGCAGAGCAAAGGAUUUGAGCUGGACGUCUUCAAGGUGCUUAAACGUGAAUGGUAGAGACUAGCCGAAGAUGCAGGGGGCCAUCGCACGAGUGUGUGUGGUGGUGGCGGCUGCCAUAUUAAACCAUCCCUUGCUCUUUCCCCAAGAGAACACCACACUUCCAGACCAGGACGAGGAGCUGAUGACUCGCAUGCGUGAGCACGAGGAGAGGCUGGAAAUGGAGCAAGCCAAGCUGGAGAAGGAGCUGUCAGAGUUGGACUCGAACCAGGAAGAAACUAGGUUGGAGGAAGGUUACAGUUGGUACUUCUGGAGUGCUUUUUCCUUCGUCAUAUUCUUCACCAUUGAGAUGUGCAGGGCGGACUCUGCUGACACAGAAAUCCGGCCAGUUGAUGAUGAAGACAUAUUUUCAGAGAGUGAAUCCGUCAGCCCAAGCACAAUGGUACUAGACAAGGAUAUUCUGAGCAACUUCUGUGACAAAUCCACCUACAUUUCAGCCCAUGAAAACUGGAGGGUCAGAGAGUUUGUUGAGGGUUUUGCUGAUGAUUUGCUUGAAUCGCUGAGGAGCGUUUGUGACAGGGAGGCAGACAUGGAAGUUGGGGACUUUGUCGGGAUUGGAAGCAUGUUCGAGUCUUGGAAGGUGUGCAAGCCUCUGAUGUGCGACCUCAUUGUGCCUUUCUCACCUCCGGAUCCGUUCUCCUUCCAAUUCAAUCUGUGGUGCAGUCCGUCCAGCGACAUUCCUCCAGACAUGCAGGGUUGUGGCAUGAUAAAGGUGACCAGGUUUGGGGAGAAUGAGGGGGGCUGUCUCUGUGGCUCUGCUAACCUUGGGGAGGACAUGCUUUGUCUGUUGCAUAGUAGAAAUGACGCGCUCAUGGUGGACCGCAGCCCUGAUGAGCUGCUGUGCUCCAAGAACACACCUUACUUGGCCAAAGAUCAAGUCAUGAAGUGGUUUCAGAUCUCCGUAACCAAAGCGUGGGGACGCAUCUCUCACAAAUAUGACUUUGAGGUCACUUUUCGCAACCUGGAUGCCGCCGGUGCUUUGAAGAUCAGAUUCCGUUCAGGGAAGGUCAUUGUGAUGAACAUCAUACCAGUUGUUCAGCUAGAGGAUACAGAUGCUUAUUUUGUUUCACACUUUCCAUCAGAUUGCGGCAGCCCUCCAGACCCAUACUGGCCCCUCUCUUUUGCUGUCUAUGAAAGGAAUUUGCUGAAACAUUUCGCUAAACGCCUACCACAAAAUUCCUGUCACUUGCACUGCCUUCAGAUUGUUACUUUCCUACACAGAAAGCAGACAGGGCUCACAGGAAAAAGUGCUCUGACUAACUAUCACUUUAAGACUGCUCUGUUGCACCUGUUGCUGAGUAAAAAGCCCUCGUUGUGGGGCAUUGAGAGUGUUGAACGCAGGCUUCGGGAUGUGCUCAGCUUCAUGCAGAGGAGCCUCGAGGAGAAGAGACUGCAUCACGUUCUGAUCGGGAACAGCAAAGUGCCAAACGAGCUCCACGUUCCUGAGAUAGUUCGUAAAGCAGAGCCCAUCAAUCUGUUCAGGUCGCUGGUGUUGCAGAGGGACCUUUAUGCAACAACAGUCAGACAUUUCCAGGAGAUGUUGAGAAAUUCAACUGUGCUCAUACAAGAGUACACACCUCUAUUGUUAAAUGGAGGAGUACACCACAGCCUAGAUGAAAGUCUGUAAGCAUUGACCACAUUGACUUAUUUAUAGCACUAGCAGUUCUGUACAUAUUCUGUUACUAGAAAUAAUGUUACUGAUAGUUGCACCUGAUACACAGGAAGGUGCACAUAAAACCGUUAUUUUGCUUAUGGCUGAUUAUCUAGAUAUGUAGUAGUUUUGCUCUAGCUGCUUUCUUAAACAAGACACAAGAUAGCCAGUGUAUUAAUAUCCAGUCAAUACAUUAUAUUUGUUCAGCUUUGCAACAGAGUUCAUGUAAAGUUUGCUCUGCUUUGUAAAAUCUAGUAGCAAAACGGUGCAUAUCUUACAAUAUUUGACAGGCAUAUCAUAUACCGGUGUAUGGAUAUUUUUUCAAAAAUCAUUUUGAAGGACUGUUCCUGAAUCUUACAAGUCAUGAUGCUUGUUUUAGAAGCACAACCUGGAGGAGCACUUAUCAAAUCUACAAGAAUUAGCAACAAGUCGUUUACGGAUCAUAAUUUCACCAUUCACAUGAAAAAGACACUUUUUCAUAUUGGGGAAAUGGGUAACAGGAAUACCUCAUAUUAAGCCAGUCUAUACAGGAAUCCUUUACUGAACAGUAUUGCACUGUUGUUUGUUUUCAUUCAUACUGUUGCAAAUCUGAUGGCAGCUAUUACUUUGUAAUGUUCAGUUCUACUCUCUUAUUUUUUUAUUGCUCAUUAAAAAGCACAUUUGACCUUUUUAGAUUUC